UUUCCCGAUAAGCCCGGUGAUUGCUCGAAUGGUGAAGCCUUAGGGCAUAGAACCGCGAGCUCUCUUUCUCUCUCUUCGUAUCUUGAUUUCUCAAAAAUUCCUGUACACUUGGAUUUCAUUUUCUCAGCCACCAAACAAUCCUCAUCUCUCUUUCUCUUCCUCUCUCUUAAAACUGGAACGCAAGAAAAAGAAAUAUCAUUUCUAGUGAGAGAAACACGCAUCCACGACUUCCUUCAAUCUCUGUCGCAAUUCAGCUCAGUUUCAGGUGAAUUCGAGCUUUGUUAAUGGCGGUUUUGGUGUUUUCAAGGCUUGGACUAGUGGGAGGGGACGAGGAGUUGAACAAGUGCUAGUGCAUUUUUAGCGAUACAUAGCGAGUUCGAGAGAGAGAGUCUUUUUCUACUGAGAAGACUGCUUUCGCAACCGUAGGAAACAACCGCACGCCAACUUCGCUUCCCGAAAUCCGAAGAAGGUCUUCUUUGUCUCCUCGUUUUGAAACCGCUCCGAUCCGGCUCCAUAUCGUCAUUGAAAGCCUUAAAUUCGAAGGAGUUGAAAAAAGACAUAGAUCGGCGACCUGUACGCAAUUGCCGACUCUGCAGGCUAUAUAGCUUAAAUCUGAAGCAGAAAAAAGCUCAUCAGAUCAAGGUUCGCAGGGGCUGAGUGAGUCUGAGACAUUUCAGGCUUUGCUUUUGAAAGCACUGCAAAAAGCUUAAACGAAGAGUGCUGACAUUUCCGGCUUGGACUGCGAUAUAUCGAACCGUAAAAAAAGGCCUUUUUAUCACAACACAGCCAAAGUACUUCUGAGUAUUCGUCAUCAAUGCAAAGGACACACCACCCCACCUGCACUCCCACCACUCCAACUGCCACCCCUUUGUUUCUCUAAACUCUCUCUAUCCCUAGAAGCAACGAGGUAGACAAAGUCAUAAUAGGAAGCAAGGCAAAGGGGUCUUCUUCUUGUGCUGGUUUUCUUGGUGAAAGGUAUGAAAGUGCUAUGGAGGUGGACGAGAUUCAGACGCAGGCGUGUAAGUUUUCCAGGGUUGGUAAUGGUAGAAAUGAUUUGACCAAGAUAGGUCAAAAGGGGGGAGAUCAAUACCCAGAUGACGAGGAAGAUUUAGAAAUUAAAAGGGGAGGUGGUGGCGGAAGCGAUGGUGGUCGCCUUCGCGCUUGGCACCACUCUCGGAUUUUUAGGGUAUCUCGAGCUUCCGGCGGCAAGGAUAGGCAUAGUAAGGUUUUGACGUCCAAAGGGCUAAGGGACCGGCGUGUUCGGCUUUCAGUCACCACCGCGAUACAAUUCUAUGAUCUUCAAGAUCGGUUGGGUUAUGAUCAGCCCAGUAAAGCUGUGGAGUGGUUGAUUAAAGCAGCCUCAGAUGCUAUUGCCGAGCUCCCUUCGCUGAAUAGUUCAUUUCCUGAUACACCGAAGCAACUGAGCGAUGAAAAGAGACCGAGCCCUGGCACUGAACAAGGGUUUGAUUCGGUGGACUUAGAAGGCGAGCACAAUUAUCAGCAUCAGCAUCCCCAACAGCAUAUUUCUUUGUCGAAAUCUGCUUGUAGUAGCACUUCAGAGACGAGCAAGGGCUCAGGGUUGUCUCUCUCGCGAUCUGAGAUCCGCGUUAACCGUGUGAAAGCCCGUGAACGAGCAAGGGAGAGAGCAGCAAAGGAGAAGGAGAAGGAGAAAGAAAAUGAAUCCCGUGCUGCCCACCCUCACAAUGUGAACAACCCUAUUCCCCAAAGCUCGUCUUUCACAGAACUACUCACUGGGGGUAUUGGCUGUGCUAGCAAUAACGCGACUUCAGUUCAGCACAACCCCAGUGGCGAGCCCAAUUUGUUUCACAAGAUGCCAAGACAGUGGAAUUCCACUAUGGAUUACUUUGGCCCGGGAUUUCUCGGGUCAUCCUCGUCCCGGACCAAUCACUCAUCAGGAUUUGCUGGACAAAUCCACUUGGGAAAUUCACUGCCGCAAUCGCCGUUCAAUGUGGCUGGCGAUCAUCAUCCGGAGCUGCAGCAUUUUUCUUUUGUUUCCGACCAUCUUAUCCCGGUGGCGACUUCGCAACCCGGUGGUAGUGACAACAACCUCAACUUUACUAUCUCUUCCGGCCUUGCUGGUAUCAAUAGGGGGACCCUUCAGUCCAAUUCUCCGUCUCUGUUGCCUCACCUUCAGAGGUUUUCUCCUAUAGACGGAUCAUAUGUACCUUUCUUCAUGGGCGCUGCUCCUGUGGAGAAUCAUCACCACCAUCAUCAAUUUUCACCUGGAUUUGAUGGCCGCUUGCAACUCUACCAUGGCGACGGAAGCAGGCAUUCAGACCAGAAGGGAAAAGGAAAGAACUAAGUUGCUGGAAGAGCACAUUCCUCUCGGCUCAACAUCGUUUCUGGAAAAAUGAAGAUGGAGAAGUAGAGAGGGAAGCCGUGAGUGAAUGCAUGCCUUCCCCUGAAUUGUUAUUAUUUAUGCUUUAUGCGUUUUGAAAUGGUUGAGCUUUCCAUCCACACAUUGGGGAUAUAUUUGCUUUGCUUGUGCAUGGGAAGCAUUGUGUGUUUUGAUGAGAUGAUUUGAUUUGAAGUUAUUCAUCAAUUUGCCUUUUGGAAUUUGUCUAUACUUAUUAUUUAAGAAUCAAUCUACUUUAUGAAGCGGAAUUGCAUUUUGAGUU